AAAUACUGUUAUAAACGUGUGAGGUGACAGUGGUGCUGCAUUUUAUUAAGUAGAGUAGAAAAUAAACUAAAAAGGAAACCGUGUAUACGACUUUUACGCCUGCACCAUCCAUCCCUCUUUCUCUACGCCAUCAUCGACCACCUCCAUAUUUCAUCCUCCAUUUUCGACCUCCAAAUCCAAUUCAAUGGCGGACAAAAUCCAUCCUGCGUCCAAGCCAACCGCUCCGGCCACCACCACCGCCACCGGCGCUGCUUUUCCACCUAACAAAGCUCAACUCUACAACUCCACUCGUCCAGUCUACCGUCAUCAACCUCGUCGGAUUCGUCGCAGCUGCUGUUGCUCUUGUUGCCUCUGGAUCACUUUCACUAUCCUCCUUCUCAUCAUCAUCGCUGCCAUCGCCGGCGGUGUGUUCUACGUCCUUUACCGUCCUCACCGCCCUUCAUUCUCCGUUUCAUCGCUCCAAAUCUCUCAAUUCAACCUCACCUCAUCGAAUCAACUCAAUACUAAAUUCAAUUUCACCGUCACGGCUCGUAAUCCUAACAAGAAGAUCGUGUUUUACUACGAUCCGGUUUCUGUUAAUAUCAAUUCGAAAGGAAUCCACGUCGGUGACGGAACUAUACCGGCGUUCGUGAUGGAAAAGAAGAACACGACGAAAUUGAGGUCGAUUGUGUCGACGAGUGGACAGAGUGUGGAUGAUAAUGGCGGUUUGAAAUCAGAUCUGAAGAACAAAAGGAGAUUUCCAUUGACGAUCCAGCUUGAUACGAAAGUGAAGGUGAAGAUCGGAAGUAUUAAGACUAAAAAGGUUCCGAUUCGAGUUGUUUGUACAGGAAUUAAGGCGGCGGCACCCGCCGGAAAAUCGGCAACGACGGCGACCACUUCCGAUGUGAAAUGUAAGGUGGAUCUUCGAAUCAAGAUCUGGAAGUGGACAAUUUGAGUUGAAGAAAAAGGUGUGAUCAUUUUGAUUUUAUUAUUAUUAUAAUUCCGAUUUUAUUUAGUGGACAGGAUUAUUAUAUGUGUAUUUUAUAUUGUAGCUUUACAACAAUACGAGGCUUUGAAUAUAUUUUCAUUUAUGGAAACCAACAAGUCUUGAUUUACG